AUGGACCGCAUCGAGCAGAUUCUACAAGCCGCCCAGCGAAACCAAGCGGAUCCGUCGUCGGGGCUGCCCAGGCAUGACACGGUGCUCGAAGAGGCCGCCGCGCUCGCCGCCGACCUCCUCGCCGACGGCUCGUCCGCCAUUCCCUCGCCCGCCAUGUCCAGCCCUGGCCGAAACCGCUCCGGCGAGACCCAGUCUCAGUCCUGGCCCGCGGUCAAGCUCGAGGAAGGAGUCCCACCGGGACCAAUGGUUGACCACGUGGAGACGGCGCAACAACACACCUACCCCUCGCCCUUUUCUUCGAUCCCGUCGUAUGCGCCGCCCGGAUUCGGUUACCUCCCGCAGGCGACCGCCAUGCCCAGCGGGGCGGGAUUCGGCAAGCUGUACGUCGCGGGCAUGGACCUGGGCGAGCUGAGCCCCUACAACGGCGUGCCUUACUUUUCGGACGCGGGCCUGGACUGGAUCAGGGAGAGGUGCGACACGGAACCCCAGUUCGACAGCAUAUUCGCGCGGCUGCGGGCCCCGUCUGGCCCCAGGACCGCCUCCACCCCGGCGAGCAAUCCCGCCCGGGACUCGGCCGACCCGGAAGACCAGAGCACCAACGGCCAGUGCACGACCGGCCAGUGCUACGACGACGGCAUACUGUGGCAGACGCGCCCGGACGGCUGGUUCCUCGAGCAGGGCCACCUCAACGUCGGAGACAUGCCUGCCGUCCUGAAACGACAGCCGGCCGCCGACCUGCCGGACCGGGCCCUGCUCGAGUACUGCGUGCUGCUGUUUCGACAGUCCUUCCUCGGCGUCACCACCCCCGUCGUCGACCCGGUGCUCUUCGCCGCGACCAUCGAGAGGGCCUACUCCUACUACCAACCUACUACCGACGACAGGCAGCCGAGGGAGACGAGCGGCUCGCCCAGCCAGGAUGCAAGCCGCUCCCCCAUGGACAAGUCCGACGAGGCCGAAGCCGGCAAUGACCACGCGUGGGAGUAUCGGCGAAAACGGCGACUCGGAGACGAGUACCGAUCCAGGAGAGGCAUGGAGGCGCUGUGUGCCAAGGCCUGCAUAUUCGCCUUCAUGGCUCUGGUGUCACUAAUAGAGACCGACAAGGACGCGGGCCUGCCUGCGAUAGACGGCGAUGCCUACGCUGCGGCCACACACUUGAUGUUUGCCGAGUUCAUACCUGCCGCUUCGGUUGUUACGGUUGAAACGGUAACGAUGCUGACCAUAUUCCAUACCUUGACCGGUCAACUUCAGGCAGCCGGCAUGUUUCACACUUCGGCUGUCCGGGUACUGUUCAUGCUCGGGGGCCACACCGCAUACGGAUCUGGGUUCUCCCCCGAGGAUGAUCCGCUCGCGCCACCAAACAUGAAUGGCAUCCACAUCAGCGUCUCGCCCGAGAAAGAGGACCACGUCGAUGAGAAGCCGCCGCCGGAAACGCCCGACGCCCGGCUGCGGAGGCACAUGCGAAAUCUAUAUCGCAUCAGCUACCUGCUUGACAAGGAGCUCGAGCUGCGCACAGGCCUGCCGCCGUGCAUGGACAAUGACUAUUGCGACCUCGCCAUCCUCGAACGGUCGUGGUCGGUCGACGCGGAUGGGCUCCCUCUGGACAAGCAUAUGUCCACGGGAAACACGGGCUUCAGCAAGUACAACCUGACGCUGCGGGAAGAGAUCGCCUUCAAGGAAAAGCUGGACCCGGCUCAGCUGCGCAUCUCCAUGAUCAAGUCUCGGGUCAGCAAGCUGCUGUACUCGGUGGUCUCGCUGCGCAAGUCGGAUGCUCAACUCUUGCGAGACAUCCGCGAGCUGGAUGAGGAACUGGACAGGUGGAGGAGCUCUCUACCACCCCAGCACAGGCCGAUGCUCGUAGUCCCGACCAGGACCAAGAACCGGAGCAGAGGCUCUACUGCGCCGGGAACGAGCCCAAGCGGGGCGAGGGCCGAUUCGAUGAUGUCGCAAGGCGCCUCGCCUAUAAAGCCAUUUCCACACGGCCCCACAUCAGAAUAUGAGCACCACCACCACCACCAGCAACACCAAACCUCUACAGGACACUCGGUGACCCCUGAAGCAACCAGCAACGGAUCAUCGAACCCGUGGACGCCCAUGAAUGGUGAUCAAUCGUCACGGCACGACUCGGCUCGCACAAACGAAGAGGAUGAUAGCGACAGCAGCGACAGCGACGAUAUCAGGAGCAAGGACAGAAACAGGUGGUACUCAAACGACCUCAUCAUGCACUUUGAGUAUCAUUACCUCAUGGGGACUAUCCACCGCGCGUCUGGACGGUGCCGGGCCUGGACUCAGGGUGGAGAGAUGGCUGGCAUCAGCUCCAGCCAGGCGCUGGCCCUGCAGGCCAGCCGAUCCACACUCAUGUACCUACGCACAGCCGUCAUGAGCAGGCACGGCAUGGCAUUUUGGAUGCUCUUCUUUUAUCCCAUGUCGGCCAUCCUGGCGAUAUUCUGCAACGUGCUCCUGAACCCUCUGGACGCGUCUGCAGAAGAGGACCUGGAGCUGCUGGGAUCGGUCGAGAACCUAAUCAAAGAGAUGCGGAGGCGGCGGCACCUGUCGCCCAACGAGAUGGUGAACAUCACCAUGAUUGACGAGUUUGUGGCCGAGCUGACGAGGUUGGGCAACUGCGCCAUCCACAAUGCAUCCCGGGAGGCCAACGGCCCAGAUGGGGGCAGCGUCAAUCAAGGCAGGAUGCAAAGCCGUGACUCGGUCGAGUAUAUCCAGGAGGCAACCGGCGUCUCCUUGGCUGUUGGCAUCUGGGAAUGA